ACGAAGAGAAACUGGUUUAUUUUUGCUCCCGGCGAGAAGAUAUUACAUAUUUUGAGUGAAUUCACUUUCUGCCGACGGUUUGAAGACAAACAUCUCACGUAUUUGGGAUAACUCCCCCCCCGGCACACCCCUUCUCUCUUUCAGGAAUUGAACCUUCCGUCCGCGUUCCGCUCUGAAUCAGCUGAGUUGGACGAUCCCUCCCUGGCUGUGGUUGUCGCCCCAUGGUACUCUGGGGAUGUUUAUUGACACACUCAGCCCGAGCACACACACUACGGGGUUACCACCUCUUUUCUUUUGAGCUCCGUAAGCGUUGAAGGAUGCACCGCGAUGACCGGGCUGUCGCUUCUUUGAGUCGGGCUGCUCUGAAGCGAGGGAGCCUCGGCGCAUCUUGUUUCGCAAUUGAAAUAUUGUGCUGAACAUGCUGGGAUCAGACUGAUGCAUCAUGGAUCCCGAGGAGUUGGAACUGCAGAGUGACUACCGCUAUCGGAGCUAUGCAGCGGUCAUCGAGAAGGCGCUGCGAAACUUUGAGUCUUCGAGUGAGUGGGCAGAUCUGAUCUCCUCCUUGGGCAAGCUCAAUAAGGCCCUGCAGAGUAACCUUCGCUACUCCCUCCUGCCCAAGAGGCUGAUCAUAGGGAAGCGCCUCGCCCAGUGCCUGCACCCGGCUCUGCCGAGCGGAGUACACCUCAAGGCUUUGGAGACCUACGAGGUCAUUUUUAAAAUCAUUGGAACAAAAUGGCUUGCCAAGGAUCUCUUUACUUACAGCUCAGGAUUGUUCCCACUGCUGGGCCAUGCAGCCAUGGCAGUGAAGCCCAUCCUGCUGACGCUGUACGAGCGUUACUAUCUCCCACUGCAGAGGGCUCUGCUGCCCAGUCUUCAGGCCUUCAUAACGGGACUACUGCCAGGUCUGGAGGAGGGAUUGGAGGUUUACGACAGGACUGAUGCCUUGCUGUUCAAGUUGUCCCUGCUGAUGGGUCAGCAGGUGUUCUACGGUGCGCUGUGGGGCAGUAUGCUGGUGACCCCCAUGGUGCGACUGCCUGCCUCGGUCUUCAUAGUCACACAUUUUGACUGCAAGGCUUCUCUCCGCAAGCAAGCAUACAUGCUAGGCUACGACCACCGAAUGGUGAUGAAGUCGGUGUGUCUUUCUCUGCAAGAUUCAAAUGUCCUGGUGCAGAGGAACAUGCUUGAAGUCCUGCUCCACUUUUUCCCCUUUGCUUCGUGCUUGGACCCAGAGGAGGCCAGUGUUCCCAUGAGUGGUAAAGACAUGAUAACAAUAGUAUCUGCCGCCGCACUUACACUCCUCCGCAGAGACAUGUCCCUCAACAGACGCCUCUACGGCUGGCUCCUAGGGAUCGACAAAAAAGGAGGAAUGGUGGCGCCACACCCCACCCUCUCCACCACCACAGAGGAACAUACGUCCUUUUACUUCAGCACAUACUCAAGAGAUUUCCUUGUGCAGGCUCUUAUUAACAUCCUAAAGCAGCAGGAUAUGGAGAGCAACCCGGAGAGUGUGAUUGGGUACCUCAGGCCCUUUCGCAUCAUCAUCAGUCUGCUGGAUAAACCGGAGAUAGGUCCAGUGGUCUUGAGCAGUGUGCUGUUGGAGGUGGUCCGAGCCUUCUACAGCUACUGUCGAGAGAUGCUGGAGGAGGAAAACAUCACCAUCUCUGCUCUCUCUGGCAACCAGCUGGCCAGUACAAUGAAAGAGAAUAAAAAUGCAGCGGAGAUCAUAAAGACAGUGAAUAUGCUCGUGACCUCCAUGAACAAAGAAUACCUGUGGGAGUACGUGACCCGACGCUUCUGCACUUCUCUCAGUUUUCCUUCUUCACUUAAUAGUGACAAAGAUGACCCACCAAGACCUCCUCGACAGGAGUGCAAUCAACCUGCUCCGUCUGUCACAGAGAUGUCCAAUCUCAUCAUGUUCCUGCUUGAUGUUCUCCCUCUGGAGCUUCAUGCUGACAUCCAGUUCCAGUUCCUCCCUGAGAUGUUGGGCACCAUGCUGGGGACCUUGCACAGCCACAUGGACUUUGUUAGCCUGGAAGAUGUCACACAGGGUCUGCGUGCAUGCUUCAAGGUCCUGAGCAAGAUCCAGAUGCCUGUAGCUUAUAUGGAAAUGGUGGCAGGGUCACAGACAGAGGACAUCGAGUUACAGUCACUGGAGGAGGAAAGCAAAAAGACUCAGGAUAUAGAGAAGGAGGGAGAGAAAAAUGGCAUUGUUGUUGAGGUUAAUAAUGACCAUGGAGAUGAAGAGCUGAACAGAGAUGGAGGACGGGUGGCAGAGCCCGCAGAUGAUAUUUACCCAACACUCAGGUCUGAAGACAGCGGAUUGGGCAUCAGCGCCUCUCCUUCAGAGCAGCAACUCCCACCAGGGAUGGGAAUGGGGGAGGAGGAGAACGGGAUUUCUAAAGAAGGCGAAGGAGUGUGGAGGAAGGGAGGCAGUGUAGACAACAUGGCCCAGUGUCUGCAGGACAUCUUGGCCUUCAUAACUACGAGAUACCUGCUGGUGCAGGUGGAGGAUGUUGGUGGGCCCGAGGAAAAACCUCAGCCUGAACUAACGGCUGCUUCUGUGGAGGAGAAAACAUUCUUGCCGGGCAUAGGGGGAUGUGAAAUUAAAGACAAACUGCGUGAGCUGUUCACGCCAGACAGGCUUAAAUCCUGCCCUACAUCUGACGUCCAGCUCCCAGCCGCCCCCACAGACAAGAAAAAGGAGCAUGGUCAUUUAGGGGGUCUGGACUGGGCGGCUGGCUACAUGCCCCGUGCUAAGGCAGAGAUCUCUGAGGCCUGUCGACAGGCCUUCACCGCCACUUGCCACCUGCUGCUGGAGUGUACCGUCUUCCCUGUCUACCUAAGUGAAGAGGAAACUCUGGUUCUCCACACUGACAUGUUUGGCCACACAGAUCGUGAUGUCGACAGCUUGACAUUGUGGUUGAGGUCCUUGAUGACACUGUGCUGCCUGUCCAGGGACUACAACAUCCAGCACACCGCAGUGUCCACCUUGUUGGAACUCAUUAACCACUCCCAGUCCUUGGCACUGGUCAUCCAGGACAAACACAGACGCUACCAAGGGUCUGAAUCUAACCCUCUGAGUGGGCAGCUGCAGAUGGUCACUGUGCCACCCAUCUACCCUGCUCUGCUUCAUGCCAUAGGCGAAAGCACAGAUUUCUAUCAGAGGGUGGCCCGGGUACUGUGGAACCAGCUGGACACAGAGCGGAGAGAGCAGCACAUUUCCUGUGUGGAACUCUUUUACAGGCUUCAUUGUUUGGCUCCUUCAGCAUCCAUCUGUGAAGACAUCAUCUGCCAGGCGCUAUUGCACAAAGACAAGGCUGUUAGGCUGGAAGCACUACACCGCUUCACCGUACUGUGGCACCUAACCCGGGAGAUCCAGACCAACGGGAGCAUGUGUCUCAACCACUCCUUCGAUCGGUCUCUGUGUGUGGUGGUGGACAGUCUGAGCUGUACAGAUGGCUCAAUAAGUGCAGCAGCUCAGUGCUGGCUGGUCAGGGCUCUUUCCCUCAAUGACGUGAUUCGGGUCCUGGAGCCUAUUCUGUUGUUGCUGCUUCAGCCCUCCACUCAGCGUUGCUCCAUUCAGAGCAUUAAACAAAAUCUCACUGCUGGUAACCUGAAGGUUCUAAGCAGCAGAAGCCGGAGCUCCACCAAAACCUCUGGGACAUCUGCGGAUUCCAUGUCAACAGAAGUCACCACCUUAAAUCUCAUUAACAUCGUGGACCGGGAAUCCCUGUGGGCAGAGUUAGACAGUGGCCCAGAGAUGGCCAAACCACCGGACACUUUCGUGGUGUCUAGGAGUGAGAGUGAAGAGACAGAGGAAGAGCAGGAAGAAGAGGAGGUGGAGGAGGAGGAGGAGGAGGAGGAGGCGGCGGCGGCGGCGGCAGAAGAAGAGAGUGAACACACAGAGUCAGCUGACACAAGUGGUGCCCAGGUAUCCACUGAGAACUCCAGCUCAGGCUCUGUACCCUCCCGCAGCAUUGAGGAAGGAGGUGUGGUCAACGGCCUGCGGAGGGCGGAGUCCGAGCACACGCAGGCAUCUGAUUCACUGUCAAGUGAGGAUGAGGAGGAUUUAGAGCUGGAGGCCAUGGCCAGGUCUCGCCUGUUAAAACAGGAACGUGAGAAGAGAGAGGCCAUCGACUCUCUCUUCCGCCAUGUGCUUCUGUAUCCUGUGGCAGGCGGCUGGCACCAUCUGCUCCAAGGCUUGGCACUUCUCGACAGCCUGCUGCGAAGCAGUGCUGAAUGCCCUCUGGUGAAUGCCCUUCGCUACACUUCUCUGGACACAAGCUCUGCUGCCCAUUUAAACCUAGUCUCAAACCUCCUGCAGCGCCACCAACAGGCUCAGGACGGUCAGGGCUUUUACGGCUGCCUGCUCUCCCCUACUUCUUCCCCCUCAGAGCCCCCAUCCUUGCUCAUUGAACUGCUGGUGUCCCUGUGCCUGCGAUUCCUGCGCUCUCAUUACCCUUCCUAUCUGAGCCUGGGUCAUCUUGAUCUGCAGGGGAACAGGGAGGUGCAGGUGAAGAGUGUGGCGGUGCUGACCCGGAUUGUGAAGCAACUUGGCUGCUGCAUGGCACGUGGACAAGAGGGCGAUGGGGGCAGCGUGGAGUCCAUCCGCAGACUCCUCUCAGGAUGUAAAGUGCAGCAAUAUGCUCUGCUGACACUUUCUGCAUCCAUGUAUGUCAGCCAGAGGGUAUCGGACAAGGGACCAGCCAAGGGUGUGGCGCUGCUGGAUGAUGAGGUCGGCCUGUCUGAGGAGAGUCUGGUGAAUCUUGGAGCAGGAGGUGGUCAGGAGCAGUACCCCUUACAAAUGGAAUUAUUGAGACUCCUCCAGGCUCUCAUAGUCCUGGAGUCCCAUUUGUGGCCUGGUGGUGCCAUUCCCUCAGCUGUGUCGAGUGGAGCGUCUGGCCAGCCCGGGGAGCCUCGUGAAUCCCCGACUGCCACCAGCCCGCUUGCUCGUGAAUGGCACACGGCAGUUCUCUUUCAGCAGUCGAUCAAGGCAGCCCAGUAUGUCGAAAGCCACCCCAUCACAUCCCAAGGAAUGUUCGUCUCUGCAGCAGCCAGGGCUCUGCGGCCACAGUACGGCUAUGCCAUGCACCCCCACUGGGUGUCGCUGUUGUGCUCUUCUCUGCCAUACCUGGGUCGCUCAUUAGGCAUUAUUGUGGCUCCACUCAUCAGUCAGAUCUGCAGGAACUUGGACGAGCUGGUCAAGCUGUACGAGCACGAUGGAGGAAAGACAAAUCAGAGUGGUAGGAGGGAAAACAUUGCUCCUGACUACCCUCUGACUCUGCUCGAAGGCCUGACCACCAUUACACACUAUUGUCUACUGGACAACAAGAAGUCCGUGAUUGCCUGUGACCCCGUGGAUGUCCGUAAUGCACGCAACGUCGUGAUUGAGGCACUACCGCACAUGCUCAGUAGCAUGGCGUUGUUGUGGGGCGUGGUCAUGAGGGAAGAGUCACAGAGGCGGGCAUCGGACACUGCCCAGAGCAGCAGACACACUUCCACCUCCGUCUACUUUAAAAGCACCAAGAUCUUAAGGCAGCGGAUACUGGAGUUCCUGGUCCCUCUAACUGGGCCGUAUGGGAUUCAGCUCAUGGCUUCACUGGGAGCAGUGUGGAGCAGCAGAAGGAGUAAAAGGAGACAUAAAAACAAAGUUUUACCAGUGGCCAGUGAAUCUCGUCUCACCAUUGUGGCUCUGGUGAAAUCAUUGCCCACCUUGCAAACAGAUGCAGUCCUACAAUUGGUCAAAGAUGUGGUGAAAAAGCCACAUCAGAUCAAAGGAGAGCCGAAGUCAACCCUAGUAGAUAUCCCCAUGUUACAGUUCAGCUACUGCUAUACCCAGAGCAUUUCAGCUCAGACUCUGCAGGAAAACGUGGCUCCUCUCCUCAGUUUGUUACGGGAGUCUGUUCAACUCAACCUGGCCCCGCCUGGACACUUCUUGUUGCUCGGAAUACUCAAUGACUUUGUCAAUAGGGUCCCUAACCUGGACAGUAAAAAGGACACUAGAGAUCUGCAGGAGGUGACUCAGCGGAUCCUCGAGGCGGUGGGUGGGAUCGCAGGGUCAUCUCUGGAGCAGACCAGUUGGCUCAGUCGGAGCCUUGAGGUCAAAGUUCAGCCACAGGUGUGCCCUGAAGCAGACGAACCUGACGACACAGAUAUGGAUGGCGAUCAUGAUGAGUCAGAGUCAGUGGCUCAAGCCAGCACCAUGGUUUCCUCUUCGGCUCCGUCUGCUUACAGCGUCCAAGCUCUUGUCCUCCUGGCUGAGGUCUUGACACCACUUCUGGACAUGGUGUACCGCAGUGAUGAGAAGGAGAAAGCGGUUCCUCUCAUCUCUCGGCUAACGUACUAUGUUUUCCCUUACCUGAAGAAUCACAGUGCCUACAACAUGCCCAGCUUCGAAGCAGGUUCUCAGCUGCUGAGCAGUCUGAGUGGGUAUGCUUAUACCAAAAGGGCCUGGAGGAAAGAGGUCUUUGAGCUCUUCAUGGACCCCCUCUUCUUCACGAUGGAUGUCUCCUGUGCUCCCAGUUGGAAAUCCAUUAUUGACCACCUUCUGACUCAUGAGAAGACCAUGUUUAAAGACCUGAUGAGCAUGCAGAGUGGCUCCCUGAAACUGUUUACGAACGUGGACCAGAAACCCAUGCUGCUGAAGCGCCAGGCAUUCGCCCUGUUCAGUGGAGAGGUCGACCAGUAUCAUCUGUAUCUGCCCCUCAUUCAAGAGCGUCUCAAUGAGGCUCUGCGUAUGAACCCCAGUCCGAGUGUUUCAGCCCAGAUGUUCCUGAUGUUUCGUGUCCUCCUGUUGCGGAUUUCAUCCCAGCACCUCACGUCUCUUUGGCCAAUCAUGGUCACAGAACUGAUUCGCAUAUUUGCUCGUCUCGAGAAGGCUAUGCAGUUAGAUCUCUCAAAGGAAGUCACAAAGAUGGCUAAAGUGGUGCGGGCAGCCCAGGAGAGGAACCGAUCAGUGACCUUCUCUCAGGCAGAGUUGGACAUGUACCUGUCAGCCUGCAAGUUUCUGGACACCUCCCUGUCUUUUCCUCCAGAGAGGAUGCCACUCUUUCAGAUGUAUCGUUGGGCAUUCGUCCCUGAGGUGGACGUCAACCGCUACAGCGGCCCAGAGACCGCGCUGAUAGAAGGCGAACAGGAAUGCACUCCCCAUGUUCUCAGAGUCCUGGAGAGGAUACAGCAGCGAUAUGGGACACUGAAUGGGCUGAGUGAGGAAUCUUCCACAGAGCCUUUGGAGUUCCCCCUCCUCACCCAAAGCUCCCUGUCCUCCAUCACCCAGCUGUGGCCUUUCCUCCGCACCCUUUCCUGUUCCUUCCAGAGCCCUCCUCCCGACAGCCAGCCCAUAUCCCACCUCCCAGUAGCAGACUACCCAGCUGCCAGUGCAGACACAGUCCUGAAGAAGCUGGAGUACAUCACUGAAGAAGAGUUCCUGGACUCCAUGGAGAGUUAGGACUCGAGCAUGAAGCUUUCAUGAAAUAAGUCCUCUUCUCAAGCUCUUUGACUUGCAGCCAUACGAUUGGAAUACUUCAGAUAGGCGCAGCCGGUGUAACGUCAACUAGGGGGGAAAAAAAGGAAAUGUCUUGGAAUUCAUUUUUUUUAAUGUUUUAACUUUGACAGAUAUCUAAAUAACUAUGUGUACCUCUGAGGUGCUCUCACACUGAAUCUAUAUGGGCAAAGCCAAGGGACUUUUGUUGUAGUUAUUUUAGUAGGGGUUUUGGUUAUCUGGAGGAAAUAAACGCAUGGUAGAAGUUUUCAUUACAAAUGACUGUGGAAUGCUGGUUUCUCUCUCAAGGACGAGUAUCAUGUUGGUUGCAAAAUAUUUACACAUUUAGAUUGUGUCAGUGUCUACACUCUUACUUUAUAUGGUUUUAGUUAUAAUAUGUUAUAACUAGACGCCAUGCACCUUAUUAUAAUAAUAUACGUUCCAGUCAAUAUUUUAAAGUUUGACACCAAAUAGCAGAUUCACUGUGAAGAACCUCAUUAAAUAUUGUUGAUGUGAUCUUUUGACUUUUUAAUAACCUCCAGUUGACCACACCUUCUGGUGCACAAUGUCUGUCUAACUCUGAGAAUGUAAAAUGUACUGGAUGUGGCUGCUGUGAGGUACUGUCUCUUUAAGUGUUAGUGGAAUCAUCAUUAUGGGACCUCGCAACCCUUUGGCUAAGAUUUACAGUUUAGAGUUGUAUGAGUAAGUUACUGAAUGUGAUUUGUGUACACCUUGAAAACCCUUUGAAAUAUUAUUUGGUGUAGUCUGCUAAAAUACAUGCUUGCCAUUUCUGGUGUUUAAGGGAAAUCCAUUUUUAAAACUGCCUCUUAUCUUUCUUUCCACAAUGCUGAAUGCUUAAGUCAUUUAUGUUGGAUGUUUAAAGGACCAUGUCAUGUUUUGAAUUAACAGGCUCAUUAAAUUAAAUUAAAUUAUA